AUGGAUCUUGCAGAUACGAGUGCACAUGCUUGGAUGAACACCCUUGGAAAAGAAAACUUGCUGCAGCCAAUAUGGGACAACCUGAGACUCAACUACAGGGACUACUUGAGAUCGCCUCUCUUCCCUGUUGUACUGACAGUUUCCUCCUACUUCAUCAUCUGCAUCCCUUUCCUUGUGUGUGACAUCAUGGGAGACAGGUGGGGAUGGGUGCAGCAAUUCAAAAUACAACCAAGCCGCCGGCCGACGGCCUCAACGCUGCUGCACUGUGCCGGCGUCACCUUGUACAACCAUGUGUUUCUUGUGCUCCCAGCCUCAGUGGCCCAGUGGGCAUGGAGACCCCCCGUGGACCUGCCGGACCUGGCCCCGUCCCUGCUGGAACUGAUUGCCGGAGUGAUAAGCAACCUGCUGCUCUUUGACUUCCAGUAUUACAUCUGGCACCUGCUCCACCACAGGAUUCGCUGGCUGUACGUUACCUUCCACGCCAUCCAUCACAAUUACUCGUCCCCCUUCGCCCUCGCCACUCAGUGUCUCGGCGGAUGGGAGCUCGUCACAGUGGGUUUCUGGACCACCCUGAAUCCUGUGAUCUUAAGAUGCCACCUGCUCACCACAUGGGUCUUCAUGGUGGUGCAUGUGUACGUCUCCAUAGAGGAUCACUGCGGCUAUGACUUUCCCUGGUCCACGUCACGUCUGAUACCGUUUGGCAUUUAUGGAGGGCCCAGCAAGCAUGAUGUGCACCAUCAGAAACCCAACACCAACUUUGCACCACACUUCAGUCACUGGGACAAAAUAUUUGGGACACAUGCUGAUUUUAGCUUCUCCAAUGCUAAAAGCUGUGAAUUAAAAUCAGCAACCACCUCUCAAAUGGAGAAAACAUGA